GUAAAGCGUUAUACAGGCUGCCAAACACAGACCGGCGCAGCAUUUACCUAAUUAUUAUUUGUAUAUACUAGUACGCAGACAUGCAUACUGUACUCGCACAAACGUAAUGCUCGCAUUGUGCUCAACUAGCGAAUAAAACAACAGAAAUCAAUGGACCAGUAUUUCGGCGAAACUUGUAUAAUAAUUUCAAUAAGUCGCAACAUCUAGCAGGGAUUUCAGCAAAAUUAUUAUGGUGUGUCCUCCUUUCUAUGCCCGAUGCCAAUCAAUCGGUUAUAAUAUUGUUCGCGUUACCGGGUACAUCGUUGCAAUCUCACCUGGUUCGGAUUUUCUCCUACUCUAGGUGUAGACUCUAGACCUGCUAGCAUUGCUACUGUACUUCGAUAAAAACCAUGCAUCCAUCGGUCAACAGUACUUCUACCACUGCCGAUGUGCCAUCUUCUGUAAUCGACGGCGCUUUUCUGGAAAACAAUAACAAUGCCACUGCACUAUCUGCAACACCGGGCUAUGAUGCCUACGGAAAUCGAAGCGCUUCAACAACCUACAUUGUAGCUGCAUGUAUUGGUUUUGGGCUACUAUUAUCAGCUAUUUUGGGCGUAUUAUGUCUUAGGCAUCGCAAAGAACGGAACAGUCAGAAGGAAUUGGUAAAGGUCGAAGGGAUGUUGAACAUUCCGCUUUUGACACGACCGGUAAACGUGAACAUCGACUAUUCAAGAUCACCGCAAGAACAGGCAGAAUAUCUGCCGUAUUAUCCAAAAUUUGAGAUUCCUCUUGAGCAUUUGCGUAUUGACAACGGUACAACGCUAGGAAAGGGUAAUUUUGGAAAAGUGAUCAAAACGGAAGCGCAGAUUGAUGGCCAGUGGCUUACAGUAGCAGUGAAAAUGUGUGGAGGAAAUACAUCACAAUCGAGAACAAAAGAAUGUUUAGCAGAGAAACAGUUUUUGGAAGAGAUCAAAAUUAUGAUGCAUAUUGGUCGACAUAUUAAUAUCGUCAAUAUCUUGGGGGCUGUAAGGAGGAACAGUGAAAACGAUAAGUGCUACAUGAUCUUGGAAUACUGUCAGUAUGGAUCGCUUCUUUCAUACCUGAAAACAUAUCAAAAACAGAAUCGAUUCUGCAACAUCGUGGACAGCGCAACUGGAAGGAUAAACAGAAGUUUACUCGCACAAAAAACUGCUUUACAACACUACCUUCCCGAAGACAAUAAUCACGUUUUGAGUACCGAUGACCUUUUGUAUUUUGCAUACCAAGUCAGUAAGGGAAUGGAAUAUCUUUCAAAAAAGCGUAUCACACACCGUGACUUAGCCGCAAGGAAUAUCCUUGUAUCCGACCACGAAACCGUAAAAAUUGCCGACUUCGGCUUAUCCCGAUCUGAAUCGGAAUACCAGGACAAGGGUAGUGUUAGACCAUCUCACAGCAUCAAGGAAUUUCCUUGGCGGUAUUUGGCGCCGGAAUCACUCGCUGGAUUAAAAUUUUCUAUGCAAAGUGACGUCUGGUCCUAUGGAAUUUUGCUUUGGGAAAUAUUUUCCCUGGGUAGCGUGCCUUAUUUCGGAAGGCGUUGUGACCAGCAUUUCAUCCGUGGAAUUACAAGUGGAAGUUUACGUUUAGAACGAGCAUAUCUGGCUCCAGAAUUUGUGUACAACAUAAUGGUGGGUUGUUGGAAUGGAGAACCGACGGACAGACCAGAUUUCGCAACUGUUUCUACGAGAUUACAGGAACAUUUGGAUGAAAAUUUAUUUCAACGGUACAUAGAAAUAUGCAUACCGUACGAUGAAUACAAUCUAGAAUUUAGUCGUGAGCAGGAAGAAUAUCUUAAUAAUAAACAUUUUUAAAAUUAGCGGCCUGUUUCAGUUUCUGCAUUAAACUUUGGCUACCUG